AUGACCAUGGGAGUGGCUGGCAUUGGGAAAACACUGUUAACACAGAAGUUCACUCUGGACUGGGCUGAAGGCAAAACCAACCAGAACAUUGAUUUCAUAUUUCCAUUCACUUUCAGAGAGCUGAAUAUAUUGAAAGAAGAAAAGUUCAGCUUAUUAGGACUGAUUCAUAAAUUAUUUUCUAAAACCAAAGAAAUCAGCAGCUUUGAAACGUUCCAGGUUCUGUUCAUCUUUGAUGGUCUGGAUGAAAGUCGAUUUACUCUGGACUUCAAGAAAAAUCCGAUCCUGACUGAUGUUACAGAGUCCAGCUCAGUGGAUGUUCUGGUGACAAACCUCAUCAGGAGGAAACUGCUUCCCUCUGCUCUCCUCUGGAUAACCACACGACCUGCAGCAGCCAAUCAGAUCCCUGCUGAGUGUGUUGGCAUGGCAACAGAGGUCAGAGGGUUCACUGACCCCCAGAAGGAGGAGUACUUCAGGAAGAGAUUCAGAGAUGAUGAAGAGAAGGCCAGCAGGAUCAUCUCCCACAUCCAGAAAUCAAAAAGUCUCCACAUCAUGUGUCACAUCCCAGUUUUCUGCUGGAUCACUGCUAAAGUUCUGGAGGAUGUGAUGAAGACCAGAGAGGGAGAAAAACUGCCAAAGACUCUGACUGAGAUGUACAUAGCA